UUUCUUCAAUGCUCCGAGUAAAAUGUUUUAAUUAAGAUAAAACACCUUGUUACAGUGCACAACAAGUUCAAUGAUCAUGUAAGUCAAUUUUCAAGAACACGCACUUUAAAUCUCAAAAUGAUAAUUAAAAUCCUAAGUGUUUUUAAUAAGAAUGAACAGCGACAGACGAAGUUACUUUUAAAACGCGUACAUUUUUGAUAGCAGUAGAAUACGUUACGUCUUGCGCGUAACUACUUUCGAUAAAUUUCUCGAUGAGAUAUUUUUCUUGAAUUUAUUUUUAACACGUCGGAUUAAUUAUUCGAUACGAAUGCGAUGCAUGUUACAUUUGCCCUUAUCUGCUUUUUCCAAUACAACGCUACCUCGCACUGUUCAAUUUGCCAGGCCAACUUUCCGCCCACACGAAGAAAAGACGACUUUGUGAUAACGUCGUCAAAAUAAACUAAAAUAUAUAUAUAUACACGUAAGAAUGCAUAUGAAUAGGUGCCGAAGCAAUAGAGUUCGCAAUACAACGAUUGUGACGUGAGAAGCACAGGAUUUCCAACGAAGUUUUCCUGUUGUUCAGUCGUCCUAAAGGGACAACUAGAACGCCGUGAGAGGGUGGGAGUCUCUAUAUUAAAUCAUGGCGAGACUUCUGCUGAAAGCCAGUCGUUCGCGGAGCGUUGGAACACACAUGAAGGGUCUGCCCUGUGUCCUCCGAUUGUUAUAAGGACUAUUAAAUAUUUUUUCGCCUACUAUCUUCUUCGCGUUGGACUGUGUUGGUUCAUUGACUUCACGCAUUGAUAAAAAAUUGAAGAAACUGUUUAGGAAGAACUCGAAGAGGAAUCCGAUUGUAAUCAUUAAUCGAGAAGACGGAAUAGGCUGGAGAGAAUUGAGAAAAGAACUCCAAAAAAAUCCAGAGUCGAGACCUUCUUAAGCAUUCCCAUUUCACCGGAACAAAAGCCGGUUUCAAGAAUGAAGCUAACUGCAUUAAAAUUGAUGUCGUGCCUGUUUACAACACUACUACUCGCAGUGAUCGCCUUCGGAUAUCCCGCCAGCAACAGCGAAGCAGCGAUCGAGAAUAUGAGGCAGAUUCCACAAUGGCAUUGUCUCCGCUAUAGAAAGUUUGAUUUUGUCCGUCGCUGUCGGAAUUAUCGCUCGGGAAGAAGACACUGACAAAUGGACAUUCAAUAUGAUCCACGAUUGGCAAUACAUUAUGGCAAAUUUCGUCGUCCAAUCGUGCAGAACACUCCGUUUCAACUCAUUAAAUUAAAUAAAUUUAAGUUUAUUUAAAUAAAAUUUAAAAAUAUUAAAUUAAAUUAUA